AUGGCUGCUGACAUCCCAAUAACUGAUCCAGCGAUGGAGGUCAAGCAGCAGCAGCAGCAGCAGCAGCAGCAAUGGAAAGCAGCUUUUGAUGCCACACAUGAUCUACUAUGCAGCAGACUUACAGACAAGACACAGAUGUGCAUCAUAUAG